AUGCCUUCGGCUCCCAAAUGGACAAGUGGCCCAUUCAGCAUGGAAGGAAACACUAUGGCCUCUGGAAAAAAAACACACAUGUCUCAAAAUGUUAAGGGUCCACUGGCAGCAUGGCGAUUCAGGACCAUUGCACUUGUUUCAUUAUAUUCAGCACCUGACAGACAGCUUCUUGAAUUGUCACACUGGACAGUUUGGUCUUGCACAUAUCAAGGUGAAGCUGGCCUUCAUGUUGUAGAUGUCACCAAUAUCCAGGCCAUCAUUGCAGUUAUUCCUCACCAGCCUACUUUACCAUCUGGAGUAACCAAGGACCAUGUCUUUGUUGUUGAAAAGACUGGGCUCGAUGUAUCGUAUACUGGAGUAUUUGCCAAAGAGGAUGAUAAUGAUGGUGAACAAGAUGAAUAG